AUGCAUCAUACUGCAAAUCGUCUAGUAGCCGCGCAAGCUAUCGAGAUUUUAAGAAUUCAGAAAUCACGUAAGGAAAACGUCGCGAUUUCGGGUGAGGUUAGAUCGUUACGUGAGGACAUCACCACCAGAAAGGAAGAUAUAGACAAUCUGCGAGAGGAGGUUUUUGUCCUUUGGACGCGAGUGGGCAACAUCGAGUCCGAGUUCGCUAUACACGAUGUCAGGCUAGAACCCAUUAUUACUGGCUGGGACGGGAUUGGUACCACGACUGAGGACAUCAGCACCAACCAAAAGACAAUGAAAGAUGAAGUCACAAGAAAGCUUGUGGCUCAACAACUUGAAUUUCAGGAGCGGAGCGCUCUCACUGAGAAGCUCAGCAACGAUGGGGCUGACCUUGUCGCAAGGCUUGACAUUUUCGAGCAUCGGCUCAGCUUGAGCUCUGCCAUCUCUGACAGCUUCAUUAGUCCUAUGUUGCAGCCUGUCAUUCAGCCGAACGAAGUAACACAGCUCGAUACCUACGAAGAAUUACCUGAAAUUAAUGAGCUUGAGCCUGAGCCUGAACUGACGAGCCUCGAAUCUCAACAUCUGUCUACGGCCAAAUCUGGAUUGGGUGAAAAUGUCAAGGCCGUGCAGCAGUAUGGUGCCAUCAGUAACAUAACACAUUCACUUGACAAGAGCACCGUGCAUCAUCGUGCUCACCAAGAAGAUGUGCAAGAAGCACUCCGAGAGCCACAAGCAUUAGCCUCACCUAUCUCCACUGGAUCCGAUGUCCUUCUACAAGAAGCAAGCAAUCCAUGUACCUUUCUAGCAAACACGUCACAUACUCCAAGAGACAUGGCGUCUGACCGCCACGCCUUAUAUCAGCUUCUCAAGCUCAGACAGAAAAACGAGCAGGAUCUAGUUCGAUAUUACAACGAUUUUGCCAAGGUCAUUCUGAUGCCACCUGAAGGAGAUGAAGUAGAGAGGAUCUGCGUGAGACGUUUUGUCAACGGUCUUUCGCGAAAGAAAGAGAAGGACUUCCUGACAGAGUGGCUAAACACCAGCGAGUGGUCUCUGCGAAACACGCGAGACGGCGUACUUCUUUUGUCACUCACGUCAGAAGAGGGUGAGGCUCCAGUCCUAUCGCCAGCUUCCACGCGCCUACAAAUAUUGAAAGCCGGGGAGACUGCUACAGGCUGUGAACCGCGGCGGACAGAGAGCCAAACCCUAGGACUGUUGGCAAUCGACAAGUCACGCAUUAUCCGCCGAAGAAGUCCUGCUUGUAUUUCAGCAGAGCGUCUCAGUCCGCAGUUCUCGACUGGCAGAAGGCCCAUGUACGCCGAAACACCAUUUCGACGAGCAGAGUCUAUCGAGAUGCCUCCGCAGCAUAUACAACGACCAUCUACGUCUCCACCUGAAGGUCCACUAAAUAUACACAUUUCUACCCCUUCCACACCAGCCGAAGCUCGUAAAAGAUCUCUGAACCAUGUCCCUUCGAGUCCACCGGAUCACACACAAUGGCCGGUUAGCAGGAGAUUAGGUAUGCUGCUAUGCUAUGGUGAAGAUGUUGUCUCAUCAGAUUGCUCUGCAUCGGCACCACCGAGCCCAACCACACGUAUCCUCGUUGCACGGAGGAGCGAUGCUGGCUCUCUAGCUGACAACACUCUUGGCGAAGACUGCCGGCUCAGAUAUAGAGGAAUCUUCGAAGAAUGGCUCAAGACUGGGAAGAAGAGGAAGCUAGGACAUCGAGGUCGCUUCGGGAUUUGA